AUUGGCUGCACAGGCUCGUCCUCGCGGAGUGGGCGGAGCUCGUGGUAUCGGCAGUUAAUCCUACAGGGAUUGGUGUGAAGUCAACGGAGUGGAAAAAGAGAAGCGGAGAGUAAUGACGGCGUUUACAGCUCUAACUUCAAAAACACUGACUAAGGACGAUGUUAAUGUACAGCCAGGAGCACUAAAAGGAUAAUAUAGAAGUUUAACAUGAGCGACAAAGUUUAGAGGCGAGUUUCUGGGGGGAGACGCAGAGUUUAACGGGGCAGUCUCAGAAAGGCUCAACAUGGAUGUCCGGGGAGCAACGGUGCGGCUCUGAGGAGAAAUUAAGUCCGUUUUUGGGUUAUUUCUGGUCGUGAGUUUGUGUGACGUGGCUGAGGAGGAUUUUAAAGCAGCAGCAUCUUUAACAGUGUCUCCUCUGUAAUCCCAGGCUUAAAAUUCAGGCUCAUCUGUGAAUUGUUGUGGCUAUUGGCUAAGAUGUUGAGGAUGUGGAGGCGGGACGUGCCGCUCUCAGAGAGGCUGGGGGAGGACUCUCCGCCGGCCGCAGCACCCGGCCUGCCGCCAACGGCAGCCCCGACGGGCCCCAACAUUUCAUGGCUUCCCGAAGCCCCACUGCUGACCCCAGACCAGCCUAUCUUCCUCAUGACUCCGGCGGCGCAGGCUGUGUCUGGCUUCUUCGUCUGGACCGCACUCAUCCUCACCUGUCACCAGAUCUACAUGCACCUGCGUUUUUACAGCUCACCUAGGGAGCAGCGCCACAUUGUACGGAUCCUCUUCAUCGUUCCUAUCUACGCCUUUGAUUCAUGGCUCAGCCUCCUCUUCUUCACCAACGACCAGUACUAUGUGUACUUCGACACCGUCAGGGACUGCUAUGAGGCGUUUGUGAUUUACAACUUCCUGAGUCUGUGCUAUGAAUACCUGGGAGGAGAGAGCGCCAUCAUGGCAGAGAUCAGGGGAAAACCCAUCGAGUCCAGCUGUAUGUACGGUACGUGCUGUCUCAGGGGAAAGGCCUACUCCAUCGGCUUCCUGCGCUUCUGUAAGCAGGCCACUCUGCAGUUCUGCGUGGUCAAACCCCUCAUGGCCGCCAUCACCGUCAUCCUGCAGGCCUACGGAAAGUACAAGGACGGAGACUUCAAUGUUGCCGGCGGUUACCUGUACGUGACCAUCAUCUACAACAUCUCAGUUAGCUUGUCUCUGUACGCCCUCUUCCUCUUUUACUUCUCCACCAGGGAGCUGCUCAGCCCUUACAGCCCCAUGCUCAAGUUCUUGAUGGUCAAGUCGGUCAUCUUCCUCUCCUUCUGGCAGGGCAUGUUGCUAGCCAUCCUGGAGAAGUGCGGGGCCAUCCCUCAGAUUAACUCAGUGGAGGUGUCCGUUGGGGAGGGGACAGUCGCUGCUGGUUACCAGAACUUUAUCAUUUGCAUCGAGAUGUUUUUCGCGGCGCUGGCUCUGCGCCACGCUUUCACAUACAAAGUCUACAUGGACAAGAGUCUCGAUUCACAAGGAUCUGUUCCUACAUAUGGAGAGUUUGGCCGCUGUGCCCCUAUGAAGAGCAUCUCCAGCAGCCUGAAGGAGACCAUGAACCCAGGCGACAUGGUCCAGGACGCCAUCCACAACUUCUCCCCGGCCUACCAGCAGUACACCCAGCAGUCCACGUUGGAGCAGGGGGCGCCGCCGCCUGUCUCCCGCACCCACAGUGCCAUCAGCGGCCGAGGCGACACAGAGAAGACUCUCCUGCUCAGCUCCGACGAUGAAUUCUAGAGCGGGAAAUGUCACGUUUACAGCUGAUUCAGAUUCAGACUGUUUUAAUGGCGGAUGGUACUUAAUCCUCCUGCUCAGCCGGUCCUCUUCAAUGUGUGAAUGAUUAGAGAGUUGUGAGUUUGUUUUUCCUGUUUUUGAGACUGACCAUGAAUGCGAGGACAUUUCAGCACCCACAUUUCCCUAGCGUCUUAUUUGGCUGCAACAACUGAGCUGAUUUGGUGUUUAAACCCUUAGCCAGAAAAUGAAAUGGUUGUGUCUGUUUUUGGAAAGUUUGUGAGUCACACUUGUACAUGCUGAAUCAUACUUGACUUUUGGAAACGAAAGUUUUCUGGCUUGGAUAGAAGCUUAAUUUCACAUUUCAGCUCAGUCAUGUGUCCUUCGCUUAAAUGUGUUUCUCAGUGGCAGCGUAAUCAUCCUAAUGGAUGUCAUUUUUUGGUUCUGGGUCUGGAUUGGUCUGCAUUUUGAAGGCCCUGUUGUUUUCAGAUAGUCAUUGGCUGUGUUUAUCAAGCUUUCUCCAGUCAUGAAAAUCUUUAAAAAGUAUAAUUUGAAUAUACAACUUAAUUAUUAAUUUGCAACAAUUUAACAAAUUGCUUGGUCUACAAAUGCAUUAAUGUGCUUCAAACAGAAGCUGUUUUCAGUAUCGCAGCAGUCUUGUAAAAAUGCGGUGCAAAAUUAUGGAAAAUAUACAUGUAGAUCAACUGUAAAUGAAUUGUGGGAUUUUAAGGGACAUCCUUCACUGCAGUGUGGGGAUGAUUUUAAGCGAGACCAAGUCAAAAACAUGUUAAUGUCAGUUAUAUGGAUCAACGUUGUUAUUGAUAUUGGUGGAACAGAUGAGCGCGAGGCAGAGCAGAUUAUAGAUUAUACAGUACAUCUGCUCCUGUAGUCCAGUGGGCAGCAGGAGUGAAGGGCAGCAGAGCUGGUCAGGAUUACACCGGUGUAAUUGGGGAGUUAUUGAAAUGGCAGGGAUUAAAGCUCUAGCUGGUUCACUCUGGCAGUAGACCUCUGCAGGCCACAAUGUGGGUUAACUCUAAUGAGGGAAAAACAGAAGAUGAAUAUAGGUUAAAGCUAACUUUAGAUGGCUGUUCUCAAUAGAGGAGCUCUAGCAUAGGAAUGAAACCUUUCUUCUUUUAGUACAUAUAUAUAUAUAUAUAUAUGAUUCCAAAAGGCAGACAUUUAAAGUCAAACUGAAAUUUAAAUCCUCUCAGAUUUUGUAUGAGGAAAGAAUCAAGCUAUUGUGCAUCAUUUUCUGUUUUUCAAAAGAGAAUAAACUCACUUUUGGACAUACUUGCGGAAACAGCAUCUGGGUGGGAGUUUCCCUUUGCAGCAGCUGACUGACAUCUGAGAGACGCUGUUGCUAGGAGACACGCUGGCAACUUCUGUAGUGCGCUGCUGAGCACGUCAUAACACUAAAUCCUACGGACAUUUUUAAGUUAUUUUUUAUUUCCACCUUUUUCAACAAGCACAAAUAAAAACACAAAUGAUAUACGUAUAUACUGAUUACUUAGCAACGAUUAAUUUUCAUUUCAGUCUGUCUUUAAAUUUGUUUGAGUAGUUUAAUUUUAAGGUAGCAUGUUUUCAGAAAUCCCAUGUCACAACCUGAUGUUCCUGAUUGGCUCUGAGUACUUAAGAAUUAGACGGUGUAGUCCCUCAUUCGUCCAGGAGUGUUCCAUCGUAGAAAAGGUUUCAGUCGUAGUCAUCUGGACACUGUUUUCAGAAUCAAGACGUUUCGGCUCCCAUCCGGAAGUCAUUCUCAAUUGUGAAAAUGGUCUGAGAACUCAGAAAUUUAAGCUACUCUGUGUUGCUUAAGCCCUGCCCUCAGGAAGGAGUCUUCCUGAGUGUCCUGCCUAGUUUCACCUGAAACUGACCUUCUAUUGUUUCAAUGAUGGCCCAGUAAACUUACUUAAGAAUUAGUAAAAAUCCAUCCAAAUCAAGUGAGUUUUCUGCAUUUGCCCUGACACAGCCAGUGUAGUGAAGGACCAUAGUCUUCGGCCUAACUUCAUUUGUUUUGCACAUUAUACAGUUCUUAUCCUGAGCUAUGGUAUAUAUUUUUAUAUGCUAAAAAAACUGAAUAUUAGCACAGUAAAAUAUAUUCUGACAGUUAGACAGUCAAUAUUCUCUCAGAAAUAACAUGUAAUGUGUAAACUUGAAAUUGCUGCGUUUAUUUCUGUUCCUCCAGGCAGUCUAUGGUUGUUGGAUUUAACACCGCAGUCAAAGCUUCUUUUGUUUUGUUUUUUUACACAUUAUUGAAGUUAAUGAAUCAUACUGAGUCUGCCAACGUGUUUACUUUAACUAUGUUCACUGCUCUGCUGUAGCUCUGUAUGAACACCAGGGGGCCGUGUGGAUAUGAACACAUUCACACUCUUAUCUACAAGCAGUCAGUUAGUUAUCGCGCACUUUAUACCUGGUGCACAUGUAACGCUUCGUCCAAGCACCAGUCUGUCACUUUAUCUUCUCAUCACUCUGUGUUUCUGUGUUUUUUUCAUCGGAAAAUAUAAGCAAGCCCCAGCCUCAGACAGUGGUCAUGUUAUUUUUACAUUUUUUAUUUCUGCUUCUGCCUGACAUAAUAUUGGUUUUAAACAGGAGAGAAGCCACGUCUGUGCACAGGAGCAGUGGCCUAUUUUUAGACAUUACUGAGUGUUGUCUGGAUGAUUGGGUUGCUGCAUUUGGACAUGGAUACAAAGUGGAUUAUUCUGACCAUGACUGAGCUUCAUCCAGCUGCAAAUGAACCUGUAUUCCUUUUAUAUGCUACAAAAAGAACAAUCCUCUGAGUUUUCUUAUCAGGGUGGAAAUGAUGACGCCCAAACUGAUGAAGUUUUUUAGUUGAAUUACAGCUCCUAAAGACAGGUUUCCUUGCCUGAUUAUUAUAAUAGUUUACAAUUUAAAAGCAGAGUAGACAGUAUGUCAGUCGUACCGCACUUUGAGUGCCAUAAUUCACUGGCAAGCUUAAGACGCUCUUCAUCCUCUUUCUCUACGUCGUUGUUAUUUGAUGACGUGUUAGAUGUUCUCAUCAGGUGGAUCUGAAUAUAGCUGAGAAAAUGCUACAGUAGACUAAUGUUGUAAAUACAGGUUUAAGUGCUGCCUACAGGAGGAGUAGUAGUGAUGUGUGUUGAAAUAGUCAUGUAUGCUGUAAAGGUCGAGCAUCGGAGGGGGAAAAAAUAUCUAGUUUUGUAUUUUUAAUUCAUAACUGUCUUUUUUUUAUAUCAUUGACUGUUUUGGUUUUCAGUUCUUUGUAUAUUAUAAAGCUGCUCUUGAUGCUACUAUUUUAUGUCAAAUGGAUAAGUAUAAGAAAUAAAAGAUAUUUAACUGCU